AUGGCAAUUGCCUUUGCUGCCGCUGCACGCCUUCGCAGCUGGCCCAAAUCACCCCGUCUUUUCUCUCACAGGCGCAUUUCCCAGAGGGCGUCGGAUUUCGCCAGGAGUCGAUUCUUCCAGGUAUCAGAUGAAGUCAGAGAUGCGAUAGCUACUGGCAAGCCAGUCGUCGCUUUAGAAUCAACGAUAUACACACAUGGCUUCCCCUAUCCCGACAACGUCGCGCUCGCCUCGUUGCUGGAAUCCGUUGUUCGCAAAAAUGGCGCUAUUCCUGCAACAAUCGCCGUGUUCAAUGGUGUAGCACGAGUAGGAUUAAAUGCCGAUGAAAUCAUCGAAGUAGCUGCCAGUGCCCGGUCGAGGACUGCAUUGAAAGUGUCACGUCGGGAUCUCGGCUACAUCUGUGGACUGGGACUAUCCGGCAAGCCUAUCCAUGGCGGCACCACCGUUUCAGGAACUAUGAUUCUUGCUCAUCUGGCCGGUAUCAAAGUCUUUGGCACUGGUGGAUUAGGGGGUGUUCACCGCGGGGCAGAGGUCUCGAUGGACAUAUCAGCCGACUUGACAGAACUAGGGCGGACUCCUGUUGCUGUAGUCAGUUCUGGCUGCAAGAGCUUCUUGGACAUUCCCAAGACUCUUGAAUAUCUCGAAACCGAGGGUGUUCUCGUUGGCACCUUUGCUGACGGGCGGAAGGGCCAUGUUGACUAUCCAGCAUUCUGGACUCGAGAUAGUGGUAUACUGAGUCCCAAGGUGAUUGAAAAUGAACAAGAUGCCGCGGCCAUGAUUUUUGCUCAGAAUAAGCUGGGUCUGAACGCCGGAAUUCAUUUUGCAAAUCCUGUGCCAGAAGAAUACUCUAUUCCGAAAGCCAAAAUGGAUAGACUUAUCGAUGAGGCUGUUGAGGCAGCCAAUGCAGAAGGUUUUCGUGGAAGUGAUUACACGCCUUUUAUUCUUGCGAAGAUCAAAGAACUCAGCGGUGGAGACAGUAUCCCGGCAAACCGCGCACUCAUUGAAUCAAAUGUGAAGCGAGCAACGAAGGUGGCUGUGGAGUUGGCAAAACUCGAAGAGGCACAGAACGGAUCGGAGCAUCGGUCAAUACCAGUGAGUUCUAUUUUGACGCCCUCAGCUAGCUCAUCAGUCACAACGCCGACGCAUCACACAGGAAGCGUAGAGACUGUAGCACACGACAUGGGAAAAGUAGAUGUUCUAGUCGCAGGCUCUCUUGCCAUCGACCUCUCCUGUGACUUUGCCCCCUUUGGCAACCGAAAGGCCGAAGUCACCCCUGCCCCGAACACCUCAAAUCCAGCUGUAAUCGAGCAGAGUCUAGGAGGCGUUGGCUACAAUGUCGCGAUUGCGUCGAGUUACGUUGGAAGUAAGACCCUGUUCUGCAGUGCUGUUGCAGAUGAUUUAAGCGGCAAAGCAGCUCUUGUGGCAGUUGAAAAAGAGGGCUUAAGUACUAGAGGCAUUCAGACAUUGUCUCCCUCACUGGGCGUUAGGACAGCUCAGUAUAUUGCUGUCAAUGACGCCAAGAAGGACUUAUUCGUGGCCAUGGCGGAUAUGGCUAUUUUGGAGCUUCCGGAACACGAUCUGGAUAUGGAGGACUUCUGGGGUUCUCUGUUUGCGCGGACGCAGCCUGAUUGGGUUGUUAUUGAUGCUAAUUGGAGUCCAGCGGUGAUCUCCAAAUGGGUCGAAUUUAGCAAAACCGUCGGUGCUCGAAUCGCAUUCGAGCCUGUCUCUACGGCCAAGUCUACAAGACUAUUCAGCAAAGCGACAGACAAAAAAUCGUCUGUAAUAGGAUCUGCUGACACCGUCCCCAAUCAAAAGAUUGACCUUGCCGCGCCCAACGAACUCGAGCUCGCAUCGAUAUACUCUACCGCUCGUGAGAAUGGAUUAUUCGACUCUUCUGAAUGGUGGAAUAUCAUCAAUGCGUUGAACCUGUCAAGCGCGGGAUCUCGUGAUUUACUCGUUGCCGUCACAUCCAAUUCAUUGGUCGAUGCAGGCAUACCUCAACAGAGCAUCCAACUACUACCUUUUAUCCCAUGUAUCAUAACCAAACUGGGACGACAGGGUGUUUUACUCACGCAGCUUCUGCCCCGCGGCGAUGACCGUCUGAGCUCACCUGAUUCUGCCCCGUAUAUCCUGUGCCGAGCAGAUGAUCAAACUGGGAACGAAAUGGUUGGCGGAGUUUAUAUGCGUCUGUUCCCGCCGGAGACGGUACUCUCUGAUCGAGAUGUGGUUAGUGUAAAUGGGGCUGGUGAUACACUGCUGGGCGUUGCUGUUGCUGGGCUGGCUAGAGAUGGAGCUAGAAGGCUGGAAGACAUCAUUCCUAUGGCCCAAGAGGCUAGUCUAUAUACGCUGCAGAGCCAGGGAGGUGUCAGUUCUGGGAUUAAGAGACUGAAGGGAUUGAUAUAA